AUGAGCGGCAAACGACCAGCGAAACUAUCCUCAAAAUUAUCGGGGGAGAGUCCGGCUGGGCAGAAUGAGCCUGUGGACGCAUCGCGGGUCUCUGAGCCGCAUAGUGCGCCGGCCACGCCGCAACAGCCCUCCAGCCAAGAUGCCUCCACGACCAUCGCCACGCGCACCACCUGGGGAGCAUCCGGUGCAACGAGAGCGAGCAAGUCGACGCCUGCUCUCUCAGCCACGCAAAAGAGACCCAGUGCCGCCCUCAAUGCCAAAGUGGCCAUUCCUCGCCAACCGCCGAAUAGUGCUGCACCGCGCUACAACCGCCGGGUCCCCCGAGCGUAUUAUGAAAACUUUGUCAAUGCUCUUCGCACUACGACCGAGCCGCGUACGGCAGAAUGGAUCAAAAGCUUGCUGGACAAGUUUGGACUCAAAGGGGAUCACCACUUUGAAAAUACGCAAUCAUGUCUUUCGACUCCGCAAAACGAACUCGAUGCCGACGACCGAUCUCCACUCUCCUCGAUUGGCUCCUUGGAGGCAAUCGAUCGAGUCGAGGAGGAUCUGAAUCGUACAGAACACACGCGUGCCACGGGAUUCAUGGGCAAGAGCUCUGAAAUCUCCUGGAUGCAGCGAGUCCAGCGUGAAGCCGAGCAACGAGCACGCGGCUACGCCGGCAUCGUCGAACCUCACCCGGACAAGAACGAAGAGACCCGAGACCGAUUCGCCUUACAUGCACUGAACUAUCAUCUCGACGAUCUGGACAUCUCCGUCCCCGAGCCGGUGGAGCGAUACGACGUGCCCCCGCGACAUCUGGCUGAUCGCCUCUUUGACGAUUAUCUAGAUACGGUACACCCCUUUUUCCCCAUCAUCAGCAAACCCCUUUUUCGUGCUCAAUAUCAGACUUUCUUUGACAGUUUCAGGCGCCCCAACGCUCCUCGGCCGGGAGACAAGUGGCUGGCCAUUCUGAAUACCAUCUUUGCGAUUGCAGCCAAGCAUGCCCAUCUGGUGGACGCACCCUGGCGAGGGGAUGUGGAUGAUCAUCUGGUCUAUAUGACCCGAGCACGACUACUGAGCCUCAACGCUGAGGUCUUGUUCAGCCAUCCGGACCUGCAGCAGGUCCAGGUGGAGAGUUUGAUUGCCUUUUACCUGUUGGCUUCGGAUCAGAUCAAUCGAGCAUGGCGAAUUUCUGCCCUGGCGGUCCGAUCGGCCAUCACGCUCGGCAUCAACCUCAAAAACAACAGCUCCGUCACCCCCAACAUCUCUAAAGAGGCUCGAUAUCGUGUCUGGUGGUGUCUCUUUAGCUUUGAACACAUGCUCGGCAUCAUGACCGGACGAGCGAUCUAUACCCUCGAUGGUGGAUACGCCACACCCUUACCGCUACCCUUUGAGGAAGAGCAACUGCAGGAUGACCCCACAGCCAUUGAACUGCUCAACAGUCCAGUGCUCCGGGACGAGCUGAUCAACCAGGUCAUGGCCAGUGCCGUGAUUCGGCAGGCCAGCGGUCGGGAGGAGGUCCAGAAGAAUCGACCGCGAGAUUCGACGUGGCUCCGAAAGUUGCCCUCCAACUUUGGCCUGUGCUACCUGUUUCACUGUGACCUGACCAUCAUCACCCAGGAAAUCGUGAACAAGGUCUACUCGACCAACUGCGUCAAUCUGUCCUGGUCCGAGAUCGAAGCGCGACUGGACGACCUUCGCGCUCGCAUCGACGCCUGGCAGGCCAGUCUGCCCGUGGGGCUCGACUUUACGAGUGACGAGGGCGAUGAUCCCCCAGAUCAACUGCGCUGCAAGCUGAUGCUGGCCUUUCACUACUACAGUGCUCGGAUCACCCUCGGUCGUCCGUGUCUCUGUCGCCGCGAUGCCCGCCAGCAGAAUUCCCAGCAAACCUUCAGCCACAUGAUGGCCCUCAUCACCCUCGACUCUGCCUCGCGAUUACUGGGGCUGCUCCCCGACCAGCCCGACGUUCUCCAACUCUUCCGGAUCUGCCCCUGGUGGGCUGUCCUCCGAUAUCUCAUGCAGGCGACCACGGUCAUCUUGCUCGAAUUAUCCUUUGGCAGCGUCCACGUUCCCGAGGACGAAGAUCGACUUGUGCAGCUCGCCAAAAAGUCCAUCCGCUGGUUUCACGCCAUGUCGGACCGCAGUAUCGGCUCCCGUCGAGCCUGGGGAUUGUGCGACUCGACAUUUCGCAAGUUGGCGAGCGGCAUGAAAUACACGACCGAUGAUCUGCCUACUCAUCCUCGUCCGCAGGACCGAUUUGCCGCUGAUCCGGUUGUAUCUCACGUUUCUUCUUCGUCUUUUCACCCACCACAACCACAUCCCCAACAUCAUCAUCACCAACACCAGCACCAUCAUCAUCAUGAUCCACAGCAGCAGCAUCACGCCGGCCCGCCUCUCAACCCCAAUGACUACUUUACUCUACGCCCGGAGGACAUGAACCCGUUUUCGCACCGACCAACCACCGCUCAAGCCGACGGAGACGUUUGGACAAAUUAUUUCAAUCUUCCCACGCCCGAUGUGGUCUGGCCGCCUGCAGCAGGGGCGGGUGAAAUCACCGAGGACUCAUAUUUCCCAUACGAUCCACUCAGUGAGGAGUUUAUCCGAUCCUUUUUCCCGUCGUCUGAUGAAGACAAUCGUGCACCACGCUAA